UGGUCUCAGACCGUGUGUCCGUCCCCUCGCGAAGAGAAAAACUCCGUGAAGAUUUGACACUAAAAGCCGUGAACCCAUGACAGAAACGGGAUGACCGAUAUAUUUUAGAUUCGGGUUGUGUGUUUGUGCUGUUUUUCACUGUGAGUGUGUGUUUUUUUUACAAACUUUAGACUGGUGGUUUGUAACGCGAAUUGCUUGGGAUUGACUCUCGAGGUUCCCAAAGAUGAACUUCGCUCCGGUGUUCGGGACACUUUCUGUGUUAUUGGCAUCGCUCUUCUUUGGGCUUGUUUGCCACGCAGCAGAACCCCCAGCGCCUCAGUGGUCCAGUAAUGAACACAGAAACCUCACCCUCCCACUACAUAGGGCAUGUGUUGAAAAUGAGCAGUACCUCCACCAAGGAUUCUGCUGCCUCAACUGCAAGGCUGGAACAUUUGUGAAGAAGGAAUGUGAAAAAGACCAAGUACAAGGGACCUGUAUGCCCUGCGAACAUGGACAGACCUACACCGAGCACUCUAAUGGGAUGACGCGUUGUUUGCCGUGCACCCACUGUCGCCAAGAUGAGAUUGAAACUGAAGCCUGCACCACAACUACAAACACCAAAUGCAAGUGCAAGUCAGGUACCUUCUGUGCUCCAGAUCAGGCCUGUGAAGUCUGCAAACGCUGUGCCAAGUGUAAACCAGGUGAGGAGGAGGUGAAGAAGUGCACUCCUGAUUCGAACACAGUAUGCAGGAAACGGGAUCCUUCUCCUACUGAAACCCCCUCAGCACCCCCACCACCGACUUCUGCUUCUCCGACCAGCAUAGUUAUUCCAGUCUUUAUAAGCCUGUUAAUCAUCAUCAUCGCUGUGCUGGUUGGCUUGGCUGUGUGGUGGUUUCUAAUAAAGCAGCGUUCAUGUGAAAUACCAUGGUCAAAGAGCACCUGUGACACUAGUGAAAUAGUGAAGAUUCCCAUUGAUGAGAGUGGAGCCACGGCAGAGGAGAGACAGAAUAACCAAAACGCUGGCCUGGAGGGUGAAGAGUCCCGGCCGGAGUCUCGGCCGCUGCUGCAGGAGUCUGGGGUUGAAAUGACGAAGGCUUCUCCUCCCCUCGAAGAUGAAGACCGAGGACUGGGAGACAGCUUGCCCAACACCACUAGCUCAUCUCAGACAAGCCUGUCAGGCCUGCCCACAGCAGUUUCCUCCAGCAACACCCCACACCAGAGUCCCACUGCUUUCAGAGUGCUGUCUCCAGACAUGGAUGAUCCACUACGACAUCGAUUGGUUCCACUACAAGGGUCAGAAACUUCCCUCAGGAAGAGCUUUGACUUGUUCGACGAGUAUCUGGAUGUGCGGAUCCACAACAAGUUCUUCAGAAUGAUCGGCAUCAGCGACAACCACAUUCGGAUCGCAGAGAACUGGCCUCCUGCCGAUAAAGUUUAUGAACUCCUGAAGAACUGGAUGCAAAGGCAGGGACUAAGAGCAGACAUCAACAACCUGUUGGAGGCUUUGCUAAGUAUGGACCAGCGACGCUCAGCCGAAUGCAUCGCCUCUGCAGCCCUCAGAAAGGGCUUCUAUAAGCACGCAGACACACCCUGAAAGCCGAAGCAUCAGGGACUGCAAAUGAAGUAAACACAGAAGUACUUGUCACAGGAACAACUAAAAAAAAAAAGCACAUAGACACUGUGGGUGGACGCUGUGUCUCAUGAACAGACUUACCUCUUUGUGGCUGAUUAGCCAUGCUUUUAAAGCCAGUAGUUUUGAAAAGAAAAAACACAAAAAGGGGAAAGUCGUGCUGGAUUGAUCGGCGGUCUGACGAUUUUCAACACUUGCCAAAUGCUGACGUUUAUUGACGUAAAAAUGCAGAAGUUUUGUGGUCAGGUUCAACAACAUUACCACUGAAAACAACCAUGAUAAUGUUUUUUUUUUUAAAGCAGCCAUAAAACAUAAAGGCAUGGACCUCCACAGGCAGACCUGGAUGCAUGUUUCAGGCUCUAAAGAAGCAACGUGCAGCCAAAUACUGAAAGCCCAGAAGGUCUCCGUCUGCGUGUCAGCUGGUCCUUCAGCUACGCCAUAAGACACUACCAGGAGACGAGGAUAUACACUGGUUUGUAGGAGUGGCAUUAGCUAUGUCACUAAUGCUGUGCCUCUUUGAUGCACUGACCUCUGGCACAUGUAGGAUUUAAAACAAGUCGUGUUGUAUGUGUUGUUUUUGUAGAUUUAGCUUUCUCUUUCAGUCCACAAGCAUUUUGCUGACUGAUGAGAAAAUAUUGAUAAUCAUUAACAUGCAUCCCUACUAAUCUCUCCUUCAUUCUUGUGUGAAAUUCACUAAGGUAUAUAGUUUUUCUACAACUUCAUUAUGUUUCUCAAGCUUACUGAUUCAAACAUGUUGUAAGUUUUGUACACAGUGGUCACAUCAGUCAUGUUCUCAGUCUUUCAGGCUUGUAUAUGUUCAGUGUUAUCACUCACAGGCAUCAUUGUAGAAAGAUUUCCUUUGUUGGAGCAACUGUUGAUAGUUUAAUGAAUUGUUUCCAUAAUAUUUCCUUGUAACCUGGAGAACUUCAAAGGUCAUUUUAUUUAUUGACAUAUUUAUUGAAAUGAAUGAUACUUAUACUUUCAUUAUUUAUAGCAUUGCAAAACCAGCCCCAGAAACACACACACACACUCGCGUUGUUUGUGUUGUGAUGUUGUUUAGCUACGGGGCAAAAUGACUGAGAUCCAACCGUUUCAAGUUGUAGUUGAAACUUGUAGCGUUUUGUUCAGCUCUGCUCCCGCUCGUGUGCCAUUUCUUUACGUGCAAGUUUCCGCUGUGCCCGGAUUUGGGACAGUUUUUUUUUUUUUUGUUUGUUUGUUUUUUUGUCCAGUCGGUGUUAAAGUGAAAUUGGUUAAUCGACUGAAUAAAUAGUCCUUUUACACAUGUCUGCCAUGACAUGGGUGCAGGUACGGAUUGCUUUGUUUUGAUUAGACACUAACAGGAUGAAGGAAACCUUUUCUGGAUUUUAAAAAAGAAGCUUAAAUUUUUUUUUCAAAUCUGCCCCAUGUACACAUGUCCCCGGAGUAUCUAAGCCUCAUGAAGUGUAUAUGUACAUACACAGCUGUAUUAACAAACCAAAUAAAUUUAUGAGGUUGUUACUGUUA